AUGCGCAACUUCCUUGUCUACCGGGCACCCUCGACGCUCACCGUCCUCAACCCACUUUGUCACCAUUUUGCCGCCAAUAUGAUUCUCUACCUGUUAUCAUGGCUGAUCGCGGACAAGGACGGCUUUGCGGCACCGGCAACACCAUCUUUCCCCCUGAGCAGACGCCACCUAACGAACAUAUCUCCUCUCAGGUCUCCUGGAGUGAGUAGAAAAUUAACACUCGCCUGUAUCGACUUUGGCCGUGUUUCAUUUGAACGAGACUGGAUUCAGCCUUCCAGAAUUAUCGCUGUGCUCUGCCUCACCAGAGGCGUUUGGAUUUUCAUUUACCCGGAUCAUAUUCAAGCCCAAGUCGAUCUAGACGGCCUUCGAAUUCGAAAGGUCGGGUUUCAAAUCAUUCGAGAGCCCAGCGAGUUCGAUGGUGACUUCUUGUUAUCACCCCUCUCUCUUUGGAAUGAAAAAGCAUACGCCUCUAAAGUUACUGCUAGCGAGUUGAACGUAUUGGUAGGGCCGGACAGGCCACCACUUGCUUGCUAUGUAAUGCACCUUUUUGACCUCGUCUCUGCUUUCAACUCUGGUGAAAAUCUAUUGUGCCUUCAAUUACAAGAGCAGCACACAUCCUGUGAAUCACAAAGAAUUCCACCUGCUCUCAGGCAAUGCACUUCUACCCACACACCCUGCCUCAAUGCUCCAAAAGUCAGCAGGCGUCAUUCAGGACCCAAGCUUCUCGCAGCCUCAAUUACCACGCGUCACCGUCACCUCGUCCUGGCCACCUUGACAACAAUCGCCUCGAUAAUGUCAACAGAAUGCAUUUCCCGACCAGUUUCCCGCGUAUAUGUCCUCUCCAAUAUCCCCCCAUUCGCCUCGCAGCUCGAGGAUAACUGUCAACCUUCAAACCACGAAAAGCACCCCACUCUUUAG